AUGGCUCCCACAGUUAGCGCAGCUUCUUCACACUUGAAGCCCACCGAAUUGGCUUCUCAGAACACGCCCCGUGGUUCUAUGGCCGCUACCACUGCUGUCUCAAAAAUUCCAGGCCGGUCUGCUCUUCCAGAUGAAGCCGUUUCUAAUCCCCAUCAUCUUCUCAAGCGUGGGUCUGUCGUGGGCUUCAAGAACCCAUAUCCUUCAUGCGCAAGUAGUCCCAACUUUGGGACUAUGGUCCGGAAAAUUUGGUGGCCCUCCUUCACCGGCGACCUUAAGAAACCCGACUUGACACCUCCCAAUGUCCCGGUAGUCAAGCCCCAGUGGAAUACCGAGCGCGAUACUACCGACAAGAUCCGUGCGACAUGGCUAGGUCAUGCCUGCUACUAUGUCGAAUACCCUUCUGGUCUGCGAGUCCUCUUCGAUCCUGUGUUCGAAGAUCGAUGCUCUCCAUUUAGCUUCAUGGGCCCGAAGCGAUACACUCCCAAACCUUGCGACAUCAAGGACAUCCCCAUUGUCGAUGCUGUUAUCAUCAGUCACUCCCAUUAUGAUCACCUUUCACAUUCCUCUAUCCUCGAAGUCCAAAAAUACCACCCUGACGCCCAGUUCUUUGUUGGAUUGGGCUUGGAGACGUGGUUCCGCAAGUCAGGCAUUAACCAUGUUACUGAGCUCGAUUGGUGGGAGGAUGCCGACCUCACAGUUACAGUCAAGGACGGAGACAACACACGCGAUAUCAACGCUCGCAUCUCAGCUCUGCCAGCACAACAUAGCUCCGCUCGAGGCUUAUUCGAUCGUGACACCACUCUCUGGUGUUCUUGGGGGGUGAAGUCUGGUGGAAAGUCAGUUUGGUUUGGUGGUGACACUGGCUACCGGUCUGUUCCAAGCCUUGCUUCCGGAACAGAUCAUUACAGCGCUGAGUACGACCACCUCCCAAGGUGUCCCCAAUUCAAGCAAAUUGGCGAGCUGCGUGGGCCUUUCGAUUUGGGCCUGAUACCAAUCGGCGCCUAUCAUCCCCGAGCAGCAUUUUCACCCGUGCAUGCCGAUCCACAUGAUGCAGUUGAGAUCUUCCGUGACACAAAAUGCCAACGGGCGAUGGGCAUCCAUUGGGGUACAUGGGCGCUCACAAUGGAGGAGGUGCUGGAUCCACCAAAGGUGUUGAAGGAGGCUUUGCGUAAGAGAGGUAUUCCAGAAGUCGGCGUGUUUGAUGUAUGCGAUAUUGGCGAGGCUCGAGAGUUCAACUGA